UACAAGUCAUUCAAAUUUAGAAAACGGCUUCUAAUUUAAACAGCAAUUAAUAAUAAUAUAUAAAAUAAUUAAAUUCUGAAUGAUGUGGAAGUUGGUGUUUACUUGUGAUGUUUUUUAAGUGAUCAAGUGGAAUAGUUCCUCAGUGACGCAGUCACACCUACUGAAAGGUGUGGUUAGGUGGAGCAUGUUCAAGAAAAGGAGAUUACAUUGUUUUUGAAUGUACGUAAUAACCUGUGUGUAGAGAGAGGAAACACACUGAAAGUCAUGAACACAGCACGAGAACCACAGGACAUGGGAGGAGAGUCGGACAUAGACACAACGUCGGACUCAGAAUCAGAAUGGAAUCCUGAGAGCAGCACAGGAUCUGACAGUCUGAGUGAGAAUGACCGCGCAGAAGCAAAACAAGGGCAAAAACGGAAACUGAAAAAACCGUCUUCCCUUUGUACACCCAGGAAGAGUCAAGUCGAAGACUCCAGACAGUUGAGACAAAAAUUUGGAAACAAAUCUGAACUCCCUGUCACAUGUGGGGAUAAAAACGGCAUCCUGCAUGUGGAGAAAUAUAAUUACAAUCUGUCUUCAAUGGAGAAGUGCAUCUUAAGUGAAGACCAGUGGUUCAAGCCCAACGAAUUUGAGAGGUUUGGAGGAAAAGGGAGAAACAAAAAAUGGAAGACCAGCAUCUUUUGUGAUAAUAUUCCACUCCAGAAACUCAUAGAGGCUGGUCUUUUGUCUCCCCUUAAGAAAAGCCGGAAUAAACAGGUUUGAAUUGAUUCUCCUGACUCCUCACCUGUUGCUGACAGACUCAGAAAAAGAAAGGUUAGAUCCUGAUAUGAU